AUGCGGCGUCACCUGUUUCUUAUCCUAACUCUUUUUUUCCUCCCCCAGAACGACUCGGGCCCUGCCAACUCUUUAGAAGAAUGCAAGCAAGAACUUUUGCAAAUUCAUAGCGAAAUGGAACUCUCCUGUCAUCAAACACAACCCCAUUUCGCAAAAAUGUUAGCACGAAUGGUCGGUAACCCAAUUUGCUCCGAUUUGUCUAUAUGCUUGGACUCCGGGGCCUCAGUUCCAGCGCAUCGUUUUAUUUUGGCCACGUGGGAUCCCGAACUGGCGAUUCUUAGGGAUAAUACUAAUUGUAUCAGCGCUCCUGGCUUGAGCAGAACAGAACUGCUUGAUCUUUUGUCUGCUUUGUACACAUUCGAUCUAACCGCGCUUUCUUCGCUGACAGCAAAGGCCGAAUUCACUCUUGACUGCUGGCAAAUGUUGGAUGUCGUGCGCAGCAGACUUUCUGGCAAUAAAUCAGCAAUGGUUGCAGCCACCCCAGGCAAAGACAUCGCAAACCUUCCCACACCCCCCAGGACCAGUGCUGUGUUUUCUUUUUCCCCCGUCUCUAUGCCUAUCUCCCCGCAGUCCCCUAAACCCGUCAAUGAAUGGGACAAUCGGGCCUCAUCCAGCUCGUUUGAUUUGUUUGCAUCAUCAACAGAUAAUCUGAACAACAAUGACCCCCUUGACGCUGGCACAAGAAGUAACCCCUCUCCUCGUGCAUCGCCACUUAAUUCGACUACAAUUGCGCGGCAAAGCAGCGAACAACCGGAUCCCGAAGUAAUUGUGAUUGAGGCGGAUUCGCCUAUUGGUCCGGGCAUUUGCGACCCAGAUCCUGAAGCUGUCGAAACUGUGGCCACGGAGGAAGACCCACCGGUAUUUGACUUGGCCUCACAUUGCUGCUUGGAGGGUACUCCAGGUGUUGCUGCCGCAUUGCCUUCAGUGUCUGGCGAACAGAGCACGGAGCCGAAUGACUGCGAAGCGUCGGUGGGUUCACGUGUGACGCCAGGACGCACUAACUGUCGUGUGGCGUGCGAUGCGGAAGUGGCGGCUGAGAGCAUCUUCAGUGACGAGUCCGUGGUAACUCCUGCGCCAUUGGCAAAGCGCCUCAGGAUGACGGUUGAUUUGGACGAGACAGAGCGUAGCUUGUCGUUAUCGCAGCCACUUGUUGGCAGUCUGGACUUGGAGACCGGCGAAGGUGAUGGUGGUGGUGAUGGUGAUAAUGACUGCGUGCACAAGCUGGCAUGCGAGGCUGUUUUCAGGACUCCUUCCCCAAACGCGAGACACAGUGGACGUCGUGUUUCUUCAGUGAUUUCCACCAAUGUGCCAAUCACUCCGAAGCCUGCAUUCGACCAGAUGAGGACACCCGAGUUGAAGGUAAGCAGUCUCAGCUUUGGAUUGGUUGCUAGCUCACGUGUGUGUGUUCGAACGUUUUUUCCUACAAUUCAGAAAGCCCUCUCGGACUACGGCGUUCGGCAUCUGCCAAAGAAGAAGGCGGUCCAGCUGCUAGACCACAUAUACGACGAACUGCAUCCGUUUGUCGACACGGCUGCAGAGCCCCACGAAAUGGACGUGUGCGUUACCUCGACCACCAAACCACUAGCAAGUUCCCAUGCUCGUGUCACUGACGUCCGCAAGAACGAGUUUCCAGUUGAGGAGUCGAUGAAUAGUGAAGAGCCGUCUUAUGACGUCGAUGUCGAUGUAGCUGACCCUACCCCUUCCACUUCUGCAACACGUGUUGAUCCGAGUGAGAAUGCAUCGCGCCGACCUGUGGCGAAGGAGGCUCAAAACGAGGCUAUUAAAAGACGCGUCUGGGAAUGUCUCCGAAGUAAUGACGAAACAUACUACAAAAUCGUCACCUACGUGCCCGUAUCCUUAGACUUUAUAAAGGCUCUGUUACGCGACGCCGGGAUAAACGUUGGUUGUCGGCGUCUAUCUGACCUCCUCGACGGGAGUCACAUUCACAACGAGGAGCAGGCACGCCCCGAGACCAGGAAUAAACACGAAGGACCCAAGACACGCGACAUAUCUGUGGUGAUCGUGUACAGCAGCUUGUAA